GAGGACACCGAGGCCCCUGUGACCAUUCCCUAAAAUACUUAAGCUCAAAAAUCACAGAGCAAAAGCUGCAGGGCACGUGGCUGCCUGCUGGCCGGGGGAAUCUAGAGAAACCGUUCGUAGGCCCGCGUGGCUCCGUCCUGCCCAUGUUCAGCCCUCAGAAUGGCCUUCAUUUGGGUCCCGUUGAACACAGCCCGCUGAAGCCCCGGGUGGUGACGGUGGUGAAGCUGGGCGCGCAGCCUCUCCGGAAGGUCACUCUGCUCCUCAAUCGGCGGUCGGUGCAGACGUUUGAGCAGCUCUUAGCCGACAUCUCAGAAGCCCUGGGUUUCCCAAGAUGGAAGCAUGAUCGCGUGAGGAAACUGUUUAACCUGAAGGGCAGGGAAAUCAGGAGUGUCUCAGAUUUUUUCCGGGAAGGAGAUGCUUUCAUAGCCAUGGGCAAAGAGCCACUGACGUUGAAGAGUAUUCAGCUGGCCAUCGAGGAACUGUAUCCUAACAAAAACCGGGCCCUGACGUUGACCCAGCACAGCCGACUGCCUUCCCCAAGGCUGAGAAGCAGACUUCAUAGCAAGCUACUGAGAGGAGGCCAUCACUGCGGGGAGCCUGAGAGUGGUGGGGAGGCGGCUGGGGGCAAGGUGACCACCAGGCUCCCAGGGAAGGCUUCUGGGGAGCCAGUGCUGGAGGACAAAGCCAGGGCCCAGAAGCGAUGGGUGAGGGGGAAGCCGGACCUGGAAGCUGGAGGCAAGCCACCUAGGGAAACCCCUCUGGAGGAGAGGCAUGCCAGUGGAGAGAAGCACUUAGGGGUGGAGAUUGAAAAGACCUCUGGGGAGAUCAUCAGGUGUGAGAAGUGCCAGAGAGAGAGGGAGCUGCAGAAGGACCUGCAGCGGGAGAGGCGCUUGCUGGGCACCAGCGAGCUGGACCUGGGAAAGGGCCAUAAGUAUGACUUGGAUAAACUGGUUAGGACCAGAAGCUGCAGGAGGUCCCUGGAGACAAACUCCAUCGACGGGGAGGAAGGGCGGAAGGGUGACAGUCAUGGAAACAGUGCCAAGAAUCCCACCCAAGAGCUUCGGGGAGCCAGCAAGCACACGGACAAGAAAGAGGACAGAGAUCCAGAAGGACAGGAAAGCCAGGGAGCAGCCAAAGCCAAGAAGGACCUCGUGGAAGUUCCACCAGUCACAGAGGAAGGGGCAAGGGACCUGAAGAAAGACACAGGGCACUCUUGUAGGAACAAGCAAGACGUCUGGCUCCUAAGAGAGCAGCAGGCUAAGCCUGAGCAGCUGUCCAGGACCCAAGGGGAAGAAAAGGAGGCAGAGAAGGAAAAGAAGCCAGGCAUAUCAGGAGGGAAAAAGAUGGUUCUCAGAGACAACCCAGCUGCCAAGGUAGAGAAGGAGCCCAAGACAAGACCAGAAGACAUCAAGCCAGAGCGGCCCAAUGGCCGGAAGCUAAGGCCUAUGGGUAUCAUUGCAGCCAAUGUGGAGAAGUAUUAUGACACUGGCCGGGUCAUUGGGGAUGGGAACUUCGCCAUUGUGAAAGAGUGCAGACACCGGGAGACCAGGCAGGCACACGCCAUGAAGAUCAUUGACAAGGCCAAGCUCAAGGGCAAGGAGGACAUAGUGGACAGUGAGAUCUUAAUCAUGCAGAGCCUCUCUCACCCCAACAUAGUGAAAUUGCACGAGGUGUAUGAGACGCAAACGGAAAUCUACCUGAUCAUGGAGUACGUGCAGGGAGGGGACCUUUUCGAUGCCAUCAUAGAGAGUGUGAAGUUCCCAGAGCCCGAGGCCGCCCUCAUGUUCAAGGACUUGUGCAAGGCCCUCGUCCACAUGCACGACAAGAACAUUGUCCACCGGGACCUGAAGCCAGAGAAUCUCUUGGUUCAGCGGAAUGAAGACAAAUCUACCACCCUGAAAUUGGCUGAUUUUGGCCUUGCAAAGCACGCGGCGAGACCCAUAUUUACUGUGUGCGGGACUCCAACUUACGUUGCUCCUGAGAUUCUUUCUGAGAAAGGUUAUGGCCUGCAGGUGGACAUGUGGGCUGCAGGUGUGAUCCUCUACAUCCUCCUGUGUGGCUUCCCCCCCUUCCGAAGUCCGGAGAGGGACCAGGACGAGCUCUUCAGUAUCAUCCAGCUGGGCCACUUUGAGUUCCUCGCGCCUUACUGGGACAACAUCUCUGAUUCUGCGAAAGAUCUGGUGAGCCGGCUGCUAGUGGUAGACCCCCAAAAGCGCUCCACAGCUCACCAAGUCCUUCAGCAUCCCUGGAUUGAAACAGUUGGAAAGACCGGCACGCUGACCCUACAGAAGGAGGUGUCCACCAGCAGCGAGGGCCCCUCUCGAAGCCUGCACAAGAAGGGUGCAGAGCUGGCACUCUAGUCACCGCCUGGAGCAUCCGCUCAGCCUCCGUUCUCGAGGAUGGGGUGGAAGGCGGAGAGCAAAACAAUGAGAGAUGGAAAACCAGGAGGAGAGACACUCACUAAUAUUUUAAAGAUAAAGCAAGUCUUGAUGUUAAAUGUUGCAAUAUUCUUUUAGAUGUGUAUAUCUUACACCUUUAAUACUUUUCUUCUACUUUUUUUUUUGGUGGGGGUAAGUUUUGGUAAUGACAAUGUUUUUGCUCCCUCCUUGGAAUCAAGUUCAUGGUGUGCUACACGCAGUGCUUCUGGUGUCUGAACAGCCCCAUAAAAUUAAUAAGGCAAAUCAUGGUCUUUCUGUGUUAAUAAAGCAUACUCUGAGUAA